CAGUUGGCACCAUUUUUUUGAGCAGAGAAAGGUGGAAAAAUAUCUUAAUCUCCCUCUGACUGACAGCCACAAACACGCCACGAGAAAACAAGACGCACCCGCACCAAAAGAGCUUCUCCUGGGGGCCGCGAACCUCUCCGUUCAUUGCCGUUACAUCACCGGCUAAGACCACGGAUGUUGUACAACGACUCAUCACUUAGCCCGGCGAACCUCCGGAUAACCGAAGAAUAUGGACCUGAGCCUGCGAGAUGCUCUGGGUGGGGGUGGAGGUGGUGUCCCAAGUGGAGCCCCUGCAGAGGCUCUGAUGAAGAGAGACUUUAUGAGCGCUCUGGAGAAAGAGAGCUAUGACGACAAGGUGGGAGAGACGAUGACCAAAAGCGACUACCGACCUUUACUGGAUGGAAAAGACGGUAAGAAUGGACUUGGGAUGACUUCAUCGGUGAUGUUACCCGGCGGGCGCCAAGACCCACCUGGACAGCCAGCAUUCGCCUACAUGUCUGGUAAGAGUCCUAUGACGGGCGGGACGAGUGAGCGGUGGAGCCAGAACAAGACAAGGGACACCAGCACGCCCGACUCAUUUCUAGGAUUCUCUCAGUCCGGAAUGAGCGGCAAUGCGGGUUCCAGCUUGCCGCCGUUCCAGACAAACGUGCACUCCACUCUCGGCCAGGUGGGGAUGGCAAAGCCGGCGGACGCGCAGAAAACCACCGGGCUCCUGGCUUCGGAGCCCCAAAACGUCAGUCUCCCUUGUGGCAUCAAUCCCUUCAAACCAAAUGAGCCCUUUUCUUCCGGCGGUCCGGGAAUCCAUUCUUUGGAUCGCAGUGCAGCUCCCCCCCUUUCUUCUCCCAGCGACUCUGUGGAAGACGGCAGCCCCACUUCCUCCACUUCCGAACCCCUCAGUCCCGAGCGAUCAGGCUGUGACGCCGGCAAGCAACAGCAGAGGCGGAAGAAGAAGAAGAGGAAGGGGCGCGACGAGGUCUACGACUUCUUGGAUAGUCGGGAGAAGAACGGCCAUUCCGAGAAACGCGGCUUGCCGGACCAGGGCGGACGGGAGGCGGAGGAGGAUGACGAGGAGGCAGACGCCCGGGAGUGGGAAGUCCGGGAGAGCGGAGCAGGCGGGAGAGUGAAAGGCAAGAAGUCGAAAAGUCGGGCGAGACUUCCAGAGGAGUGGGGAGCGCCCCAGCAGCCGGCGUCGCCCGUGCCGGCCUGGACUCCGGCGACGGACUUUGGCGCUUUGGACCGCAAAGCUGGAAAAUCUGAGCCCGGUGGAGGUUCCGCCGCACCGAUGCAAAUAGCGACGGGUUUGAUCAAUCGCUCCCGCGAUGGACUCGCAGCGGAUUCGUCUCUCGGUUCCUUUGAGCCCGGGAGUGUCCAAGAUUACCCGAUGUCCACCGGCGACUGGCGAAACGUGACCGGCGUUGGCGCCCCCGACAAGAGUAUUGCGGUCGGGGAUUUAGCAUUGACGGCGGGGGGCGAUCUGAGCCCCGUCUCCCAGACGUUCUCUUUUCUCGAUGCGGUCCUCCAGACACCCCCGGGUUCUACGCCCGACUCGCAGCACGCCGCCCCGUUCACGAACGCGCCUCCCUUUGCCACGGCUGCCUCGGUCCCUUCUUCAGGACCCCCCUCUGGUCUCGAUCCUUACGCGUCGGAUGCCCCUCCAACCUUUGCCGUGUCGUCAGAGCCCCGCCCUUCCGCCGUCGCCCAAACCUCACAUUCGAAAGCCGCCCUCGAAUCGGUCCUCAACGUUGACGCUGGCCCUUUCGUUCCUCCUCCCGCUCUCGGCCAAGCUUCGCCGGAAAGUCCCGCCAAAACCGAAGCCGCCCUCGCUGCGGUCACUCCCUCCCUCCUUACACACCCCAAGCAGCAGGAGUCCGCAUCGCCACUUCUCUCCCCGCUGGAAGUGAAAGUGGACAAGGACAAGAAGGGAAGCGCAGACGUGUCGUCCGGCUUUGGCCAGAAGGAGACGGCGGAGAAGCAAAACAAAGACAACGGCCCUGACAAGAACCCGAAGCCGGAGAAGAUUCUCAAAGACGAAGACGCUGAGAAGAACAACAAAGUGAGCGAGAAGGCAGAAAAGACGAACAAGCCGGAGAAGAGCAGCAAGGAGGAGGAAAAGAAGCCGAGUGAAAAGAAGGACGAGAAAGGGGGCAAAGGGCCGGCCAAGUCUCCGACGGGCAAUGCCGCCAAGACCCUGCCAAGCCCGGACACCAAGAGCAAGACUGAGGCGGCUUGGACCAAAACGAAUGCACCCAAAUCUCGCCCUUCCACCCUCCCUACCAAUGGCGAGGCCGCCUCUGCCAAGCGCCCCUCCCCGACCACGACCCCGGCUAACAAAAAAAGCCCUCUCCCAAAGGCGGCCACACCCACCGCUGCGAAGAGGCCUCCGAUGGCGACCGCAUCUGCAAAAACUCCAGAAAAUGGAGCAGCUGUGCAAAAGGCUUCUCCUACCCCCCGAUCGGCUGUCAAUAAGGACAACUCCUCUGCUUCUACUGGGACCAAAACUGCUGCGAACAAGAAUGACAAGGCCGAGAGCAAGUCAGCGGAGGCCAAGAAAAACAAACCAACAGCCCGUCCGCGGCCAGCCUCCGGCACCUCUCCGACAACGCAGGCUAACGGUGAAGCCGCUCCCACCCAACGUCGCCGGGUCAUCACCAAGCCUCCCGUCCCCAAGCAAACGGCUCCGGAAAAGAAGGCGACGGCACCCCGCGCUCCUCGAACCCUCCGGCCCGUCAACGCGCCCACGCCGGACCUGAAAAACGUCCGUUCCAAGAUCGGCUCCACUGACAACAUGAAGUACCAGCCUGGCCGAGGAAAGGUUUCUGCCGCACAGAACAACAAGACAGCCGACCCAUCCAAUCCUUCCAAGGCCAGAGUUCAGAUAGUGCACAAAAAGCUGGACUUCAGCCAUGUCACGUCUCGCUGCGGCUCCAAGGACAAUAUCAAACAUGUCCCUGGAGGUGGCAAUGUGCAGAUCCUGAAUAAGAAGGUGGAUGUGAGCAAGGUCACGUCCAAGUGUGGCUCCAAGGACAACAUCAAGCACAAGCCAGGUGGCGGCGAUGUCAAGAUUGAGUCUCAUAAGCUGAACAUCAAGGCAAAAUCCAAGAUUGGCUCAUUGGACAACGUGGGGCAAGGCAACGGACAGACCAAUGGACACAAGGAGGAGAGAGCGGAGGAAAAGACGCCCUCACCCCUAAACAGCACUCCGAGCGUGGGGCCGGCAGCUGUUGCCAAGGCAACAACAGCACCAGGAGGCGUUGCAAAGGAAAAUGGGGUGAAGGAGCCCACGCCUCCUCCUUUCGGGGGAGACGGGUUGAGGGACGGCCUUGGUAUUGACAGACGCAUUGCUGAAAAAAAUUGAGUUUUCGGUGGGGCACGCGUCGCGCUCGCCGGCCGACCCGAGCGACCUCCCACGGUGGCUUCCCUUUGGCCCCGCCCUCCAUCUCGCCUCCUGCAGCACCAAACCGAACGUCCGCCUCUUCGUGUUUCUCUGGGCUCCACCGCCUGCCAGUAACCGCCACCCCGACCUCUGAUGCCAGCGGGUUGACCUUUCGGCUCUCCCCACCAUAGAGAAGAGCACUCGUUGUUUUGUCUGUGAAACCCGCGUCUCAUAGUACUGCUCAUGAGCACCGGCGUAGAGGACGUAAAUGCCAACCUCAAAUCCCAACACUGUACACCCCGAGGCUUCGUAGAAAUAUUUUCAGUUGGACAGUUUCUUGUUUUCUUAUUUUCUCCGCCCACCCCCC